AUGUCUGUCGCUAAGAUUGCUGGCGUUGUCCUCGGCUCUGCGGCCCUUGUCGCUGGCCAUGGUUACGUUACGGGUGCCGUCGUCGAUGGCAAGUACUAUGCUGGCUACGAUGUCACCUCUGCCCCUUACUCUAGCGACCCUCCGGCCACCAUCGGCUGGUCGACCACCGCCACCGACCUCGGCUUCGUUGACGGCACCGAGUACUCCGAGCCUGACAUCAUCUGCCACAAGGACGCUAAGCCUGGCUCUCUCUCUGCUGAAAUUACUGCCGGUGGCAAGGUCGAGUUGCAGUGGACCGAAUGGCCCGAGAGCCACCACGGCCCUGUCAUUACCUACCUGGCCAACUGCAACGGCGACUGCUCCUCGGUCGACAAGACUUCGCUGGAGUUCUUCAAGAUUGAUCAGAAGGGUCUCAUUGAGGGCAACACCUGGGCUAGUGACCAGCUGAUCAGCAACAACAACAGUUGGACUGUCACCAUCCCCAGCAGCAUUGCUUCUGGCAACUAUGUCCUGCGCCACGAGAUCAUUGGCCUUCACUCCGCUGGCAACAAGGAUGGCGCCCAGAACUACCCUCAGUGCAUGAACCUCAAGGUUACUGGUGGCGGCAGCGACAAGCCGGCUGGCACCCUUGGUACCGCUCUGUACAAGGACACUGACCCUGGUAUCCUCGUCAACAUCUACCAGACUCUGUCCUCGUACGUGAUCCCCGGUCCUGCCCUCUACUCUGGCAGCUCAUCCGGCUCGGGUUCGGGCUCAGCUAGCUCCAGCGCUGCUGCUACUCCUUCCUCCAGCAGUGUUCCCUCCAGCACCAGCAUUGCCGUUCCCACCAGCUCUGCUCCUGCCCCCACCUCCGCCGCUCCUUCGGCUCAAACCAGCACUGCUACUGCCUACCAGACUGCCACCACUAUUGAGAGUGUCACCGUUACCGCCGAAGCGCCCCAGCAGACCAAGGUGCAGGACCCUAGCUCCGGCUCUAGCUCUGGUUCCAACUCUGGCUCCAGCUCCGGUUCUAGCUCUGGAUCCAGCACUGGCUCUAGCUCCGGCUCCAGCACUGGCACUGGCUCCUCCAGUGUUCCCACUCCUAGUGGUAGCAGCAGCCUGUCUGACUACUUCAACUCCCUGAGUGCCGAGCAGUUCCUGAACCUUCUCCGCCAGACUCUUUCUUGGCUGAUCACCGACAAGAAGCACGCCCGUGACCUCUCUGCCUAG